AUGGCGCCACGUAAAAAAAGUAUCGGAGGAUUGCGCGGUUCAACGAGUAAUGUUUCAGACAAAGAAAAUAAUUAUUUGCGUUCGUUGAGCGAUUAUCAAGCACGAGUUCGAAGGCGAGAGAGUAUUCGAAAUUGUAAAAAUGUAGCGGAAUACGAUUUGAGGAGAAAAAUUGAUUUAGAAAUUAAAAUAAAAGAAGGCUCCUCGAGACUAUUAGCUGCUGCGCGGCACCCUACACAAAGUUUGGAGGCGGCACGUGCUUUGUUCACUUCAAGCAAAAGAAUGUCUACCUAUAUGGUUGAGUUACAACAUCGUAAAAGGGAUACGUCGUUAAAAGCGAGCAUUACCGAAAAUAAAGGGAAGUUAUCUAUCUCGGAUCUUAGAUUUCCUUUGAUGUGGAGAGAUUCCGAUCAUUUUAAAAAUCGCGGAGAUUACCGAAGAUUUGCCGUUUUUUGUAUAAUACGAGUUGGCGCAGAAGUUCACGAUACGAGCUUGUUUUAUCCCAUUGAUAGAGAACAAACAGACAUUUGUUUUUCUGACGUUUUAUUAUUCGAUAAUGUUCCAGCUGAAUUCGAAUUGACUUUAGAAAUCUACAGUCACAUUUUACAAGAAGAUCUUAGUAUUGCCAGUACUCCGAGAAGAAUACGAAGAAGUAUUCAUUCUUCGAUUUCAAGAACUGUAGGUAGAAAGUUGGCGGCAUCUCUACGAGAUGAAUACGGGUCUAGCAAAGUACCGCAAUUCGAUUUGGUGGCCUAUGCAAAGAUGACCCUUGACGAUACCGAUGGGAACAUACGUUCACAUGACUUAACGUUGAACAGUGUUGAGAGUAAAGUUCACGCUUUACCGCUUUUCGGUCACUUCUGCUGCCGUUUAGCUAUUCAACCACAUUACAUGGAUAAAGAAGUUCGCGCAGAGUACGUAAUCAUAAAUAAUCAACGGUGUUGGGCACGAUUGCAAGGUUUCCAAAUUGAAGCUUGGAAAUCAAAAAAAUACUUGGAAAAAUUUGAAAAACCCACGUAUACGAUUUACGUAAAUAAGGGAACGAUCGUUCGACGAUCGAAAUCAAAGAAAAAUCAAUUACGUGUAAUCAAUCAUGUAGAUGGAAACGAAACAUCUGACAUUAUAGAAUUAUGUUCGAACGAAGAUGUUCAAAAAUGGUUCGAACAAUUGGCAACGUGUGUUAAAGAACACGCGAGGUGGAAACAUACUGUGAUAAGCCUUCAGGGAAUUUCAUGUUCCGAGACCUCGAACGGAAAUACAAAUAUGAGAAAUUCUUUCAACGACAACGUAAAGCAACAAGGAUCACUCUAUGAUGAAACUCCUUUAACGGAAUCGACAUUUCCAAAUUUGGUUUCGAAGAUUACGAUGCCGAAAGAACCGUUUAAAUUUAUCUCCAAGUGUAGUAAUAAUACAUAGCACAUUCAUAUGACACGAUGAUAACAUCGAUUGUUUCGUUAAGAUCCCA